AUGGCGAAGGGGCUUGGAGGGGUCGGUACACGACCUCCUAAGGUAGAAGGGAACAUACUGCGGUAUAGCCAAGGUACGGUGGGUCCUUCCAAUUGGGCUCAGGUCUGCCCUGCUCUGCUAGCGUCUGCCCUCCACACUCCCGCUACCACUUCCACUCCCACCACUUCGUCGCUGUCGUGCAGACAGAGUGACAGACAAACACAGACACCCCAACCCUCACAGACCUCCACCAAAAUUCAUCCCUCCUAUCAACGCUCAGAUAUUAUCACGAUCUACCUGCUCCAUCCCCAUCCGGUCCUCUUCUCCAACUUGUCUUGUCAACCCCGAAUUUCGACCGCUCCAGACGAUCCGCCACUCUGA